AUGAUUGUGAUUGAUGAAUUACCUUUCAAGUUUGUUGAAAGUGAAGGUUUUAAGAAAUUUAUGUUUGUAGCAUGUCCUAGGUUUCAUAUUCCUUCACGAACUACUAUGACUAGGGAUGUUUAUCAAUUGUAUUUAGAUGAAAGUGUCAAGAUAAAACAAAUUUUGAGAAGUUCUUGUUCUAGAGUUUGCUUAACUACUGACACAUGGACUUCUUUGCAAAGAGUUAAUUACUUGUGUAUCACUGCUCACUUUAUUGAUAACGAUUGGAAUUUGAAUAAAAAGAUUUUAAACUUUUGUCCAAUUUCUAGUCAUAAGGGUGAGUCCAUUGGGAUGGUGAUUGAGAAAUGCUUGUUGAAUUGGAGGAUUGAUACGUUGUUUACUGUUACUAUUGAUAAUGCAAGUUCAAAUGAUGUUGCUAUUGGCUUAAAGGAAAUGAAUAAAUCUGUUGAACGUGUUAGGGGGUUGUUAGAUAUGUGGAACUCAAACUACUUAAUGUUAGACACUGCUCAGAACUUUGAGAGAGCUUUUGAGAGAUUUGAGGAGCAAGAUACAAACUUUAGGGUUGAACUUGAAAGGGGAGAGGAUCCUCAGUUAAAUAGUGAUAUUGAUUUCAAUGUUAUGGCCAUCAAGUUGAAAGAGAAGUAUGAUAAGUAUCAGGGUGAUAUUGCUAAGAUGAAUUUGCUUAUGUUUGUUGCUUGUGUUUUAGAUCCUAGACAAAAACUAAAGUAUCUUGAAUUUGCACUUAGUGAAAUGUCUAGUUCUGAAAAAGCUUGUGAAAUGAUGCAAAAAUUGAAGGAAUCUUUGUAUGAAUUGUUUGAUGAUUAUAAGUCUCCACUUCAUAGUACUUGUAGCCAAUCGAGUGUGCCAACACAUGUUUCUUUUGGUGAACCACAACAAAAAAUGAAAAGGCGAAUGCAAGCUGUGUAUAAAAAGCGUAAGUUGGAAAUUUGUGGUGAGGAUAAAACAUCUGAGUUGGAUAAAUAUCUAGCUGAGGCUAAUGAGGAAUUUGUUGAAGAUUUUGAUAUUUUAUUAUGGUGGAAAGUGAACAGCCUUAGAUUUCCCACUCUUUCAAAAAUUGCCAGAGAUGUGUUAGCUAUACUUCUUACUACUGUUUGCUUGAGUCCGUGA